UGUCUGUGACACCCUGUUGUCUCUAUUUUUGUAGCUCUUUUCUAAAAGUUCAUUGAGCUUUUUUGGGUUGUUGCCAGCCGUAUUAUUCCUUUCCCUCUUUCCUUAUCUUCCUUUUCAUUUCAAUCUCAAAACAACUUUGAAGUGUCACCUUCUGUUUGAAUUCCUAUGGCUACUGAGACUGCUAUCUCAGAUCAUACUUCUGCUACUGAUGAGCAAGUUGAGAAGAAGGUCAAUGAAGAAGUAAAAGCUAUUGAGCAAGAUGGUGUCACUUCUUCCAAGGAAAGCGUAGAAGAAGAAAAACCCAAAGUCGAGGAAUCGCCAAGUCCUGCAACCCCUGUAUCUAAACCUGAAGAAAUGUCAGAGGAUAAGCAGAUUGAGCCUCCUAUAGCUGAUGUUGAGAAGACUGAUGAUGCUCCUGUUUCGGAUGUUCCAGUCGAAGAUAAUGAGGAGGAAAAAGACAACAUUCCUGAUUCACACACUCCCGUCGUACCACAGCCAGUGGAUGACACUAUUAAGGCCCAAUCAGAAGAGCAACCAGCUGUGGAGUAUGUUGUUAAAGAAGCACCAGAACAAGUAGCAGUUGCAUCUCUCGAGAAAGGGCAAGAAGAGAAAGCAAAUAUAGUUGAUGUUCCUGAACAAAUACCUGAAACUCCUGAGAAACUAGAGGGACCACUGGAUGUGCUUCAUGCUAAAGAAUCGGAAGUUGUAGGAAUAGAAGAGAUCAAAAGUUCACACGUGGAGAAACCAGAAGCUGCAGCUAUUGAAGCAGAAGAAAAGCCAAGAGAACAAUCUGUAUUUUUUGAACAAGUUGAGAAAGCAUAUGAGGAGGUUGGCACUAAGGAAAGAGGGGAGAAAGCAAAUCCGGUUGAUGUUCCUGAACAAAUACCUGAAACUCUUGAGAAACUAGAGGGACCACUAGAUGUGCUUCCUGCAAAAGAAUCGGAAGUAGUAGGAGUAGAAGAGAUCAAAAGUUCACACGUGGAGUCCAUUAAAGUGGAGAAGCCAGAAGCUGCUGCUAUUGAAGCAGAAGAAAAGCCAAGAGAACAAUCUGAGGAGGUUGGCACUAAGGAAAGAGUGGAGAAAGCAAAUACGGUUGAAGUUCCUGAACAUAUAACUGAAACUCCUGAGAAACUAGAGGGACCACUGGAUGUGCUUCCUGCAAAAGAAUCGGAAGUAGUAGGAGUAGAAGAGAUCAAAAGUUCACACGUGGAGUCCAUAAAAGUGGAGAAGCCAGAAGCUGCUGCUAUUGAAGCAGGAGAAAAGCCAAGAGAACAAUCUGAAAUUUUUGAACAAGUUGAGAAAACAUACGAGGAAGUUGGCACUAAGGAAAGAGUGGAGGGUGAUACAGAUAAAGACACUGGGAUUUCCGCUGAAAAGGUUGAGAAUACCUCCUUUUUGAAGGAUAAAGAGGAAGAACCUAGUGUAAUCAGAAUUUCUGAUGAAGUUCAGACUAAUCAGGAAGCUCUAACUUAUCUGAAGGAAGAUGAAGGGGACUUUUCUCUACCAAGUGCUGACACAGAGAAGGUUGAUGCAGAAGACAAAAAGGAGUUGAGUGGGGCUGAUGUGAUUGGAGAGCUAUCAAAAGAGGCAGUGGUAGAGGCGGGAAAGGUUGCAGAAGAGAAUGAGCCGAAGACUCUGGAAACUGAAGAAGGGAAUGGAAAAAGAAAUGUGAUACCCGAGGAAUCAACUCCGCCAGUUAAAGAGAAGGAUGUCGGUAGUUCUAUUUCUACAGCUGAAUUUAUCGAAAAAUCAUUUGAGGGAAAGAGAACUGGCAGAGAUGUUGAAGAGGAAAACAAAGGAGAGCAGAAUGUAAAAAAUGAGACACUGGCUUUAGGCGGAACCAACAAAGAUGAGCACGUGGAGGAAAAUCAGGCUCAAGCUACUACAGUUGUUAGCAAACCACUUGAAGAACCCCAGGAAUCUGAGUUGCAAAGAAAAAAUGAGGAAACUGCAGAAACUGGUGAAGAUAAGUUGGAGAAAGAAAAAGUUGAUGAGAUUGCAAAAUCUGAUGUCCAGAAUCUGGAGCCAUCCGUCGAUGCUGGUGACGAGACAAAAACAUCCCAGGACCUGCCAAAAGAACUUCCAGCCAAGUCCGCUCAAAAGCAUUCAAAUAACAUUAUAUCAAAGGUAAAACAGUCGCUUGUGAAGGCAAAGAAAGCAAUCAUUGGGAAAUCUCCAAGUUCAAAAACCCUCUCCUCUGAAACCAAGGGUGAUAUUAAAGUCAAAUAAUGGAACUUUGACUACGGAUGCAGUUGUAUAAUUGUAUGCAGAAGUGGUAUCUUUUCCUAAUUGUUGUGUGCGACAAUGUGUAGCCGUAACUGCUGUGGAUUCAUCUCUGUUGCUGUUCUGUCAUUCCUACUUGCUUGCGUGUUUAAUUUGUAAAGGGUGCAUAUAGAAGGUAUAGUCCUUGCCAUACUCAAUAUUGUGAAAAUUGUAAAGACAUGUUUAUUCUCCUGCCCAAUUCUUUGCAGUUGUAUGUAUUUGUGGAGUUUGUAGUUGAUUGUUUGCCAAUAAUGAUCAGGAGAUGGGAACUGUGUGCAUGUAAAGAUAAUUUUGUUGAUACCUCUUUUGUAAUUGUUAUAGUCACAUCAUAAUGAUUUCUCAUUACUAUUGUUAAA